UUCCCUGGUCCAACUCAAAUUCCCGCUGUGGUGAGGGGGCACUCCCGGGGCAGGCUGUAGCGUUUCUAUCAGGGGCUGAAGGGUUUUUUUAAAAUUCCUUUUGGAAAUGGCCCUCUCGCAGUUACAGUGCCUGGAUGAGGGGAAUGUCAACGUUCGGACCAAUGAAUCCAAACCGGACUUUUAUUACAGCGAGCCCCAGAGACUGGCGCUGGAGACUCUGCUGGCUCACGGCACGCAAGCUUUUAACGAACUGGUGACCGGGGAAAACUUGCGGGAAUUUCUGUCCGAGCUGGAUAUCGAGCAGAUCCUGAACUCCGUUCGGGAUUUCCUACCGGAGGAGCCGGACGAGGAGGAGGCCGGGGGCAAGGGAGAGGGCUCGAAGCCGGGCUCCCAGGCCAAGUCCCUGUCCCUGCACUACUGGCCGGAGACCUCGGACAUCGCCCGGCCCCGGCUGGAGCUGGGCUGGCCGGACUCCAGCGCCUAUCGCGGAGUCACCCGGGCCAAUGUGUACACACAGCCCCCUCUGGACGGCUCCAUGCACAUCAAGGAGAUGAUCCGGAGAAUGAUCAACCAGGCGCAAAAGGUAAUCGCUGUCGUAAUGGAUUUAUUUACAGACGUCGAUAUUUUCAAAGACUUGCUGGAUGCCAGCUUCAAGAGGAGAGUUCCUGUCUACAUCAUCCACGACGAGGUUAACAUCAAGUAUUUCUUGAAGAUGUGUGAGUGUUCAGGAAUGCACAUGGGGAUGCUGAAAAACCUGCGAGUCUACUGCGUUGGUGGGACUGAAUUCCACACACGUUCAGCCAAAACAAUUGUAGGAAGACAAAUGCAAAAAUUUCUACUAAUCGAUGGAGAUAGAGCAGCGUGUGGAUCAUAUAGCUUUACUUGGACUGCAUCUAGACUAGACCGUAACGUCGUCACUGUGAUUUCUGGUCAAGCUGUAGAAACGUUUGAUUAUGAAUUCAGAGAACUGUUGCACUUUUCCAAAGCAGUUAACAUGCACGAACUAAACUUGGCUCCAGAAAUAGCAGAACCUGAACCUGUUCAGCAGGCACCUGCUCUAACGGCGGAACAGAGUGCUGCUAUUGCCAGGAAGCUCAUAAACCCUAAGUAUGCUCUCGUGCGGGUAAGUGACCAGAACACUGGUUCAGAUGGAUCCGAGAAGAAAAAUGACUCUAAUGGUAUGAAACAGUCAAACGAACCAAAUAAGGGACAGAAGGCUGCAAUGGCAGCAGACCCGAAAGACGAAGAGUCCAUAAUUCAUCCAGCUCUAUUGAAUAUGCCCAAAGUGGACAUGUUUCUUUAUCUUCCUCCUUAUCCAGUGAUUCCUCAAGAUGAGAAUCAACAGCCAAAUGGUGUCACGAACACCAAGGAGAGAAAUCACGUACUUUCUCAAAGUGAUACAGUGGAUAUGGCCUCCAGGAUAAAACCAGAUCCCUCUAAUCCAGCAUUGCUUCAACAGAAGGAAGCAACGUCUAAAACCCCAGGCAUGAGUCAGACACAAGAUUUAACAGUGAAGGAAAGUCAAUGUCAAAGAGAUGGAAAUGACAUGGACACAGAAAAUAAACCAAGAAAGGAUUUGCUAAUCAUAAAUAAAGUGAUUAAAGUUUCAAAACAGAAGCAGAAGAAAAAUAGAACUGUGGGAAAACUGGCCUUAAAGCAGACAGAAUCUACUGCCAUUGACUCCACACAGGAUAAAGACGAAGCAUUGCACAAUAGCACCAAGUCUGUAGAAAACUUACAUACAGACUCCAGUGUACCAACGUAUAGAGAACAUGGCAUCAAGCAAGUAGAUCAUGAUUCAGAGAGAGAGGAUCAUAAAGAGGACGAAGCAUUAACACUUGCCAUGGAUGAAAUCAAGGUUGUUACAGAAAACAACAAAGAAGAAUCCGAGCAUGAGAUCCCUCUAAAGGAGGCUGACUUGUGUCCAGAGGUUGACUGUCCAUCAAAUCCUUCAACAAAUUACACUCCGGACUGGAAUACAGACACCAGCUCUUUGCAUGAGCCAUCAUCUGACUCCGAUGACUUCUAUGAUUGUGAAUUUGAUGACAAUGAGGUGAAAGGAUCAGAAUCUCAGCUGAAUAAGGUCAAUGAUGAAUUUACGAUCGGAGAAGUGACAAAUUUUGUCAGCCGGGCCACUUUUGCACGUCCUUCAAAUAAUUAUAAAGAACUAUCCCACUCAACGAACGAUUUAAGAGAAGGCAAAACUGUAGAAAAUAAAGAUGUGAACGCUUUCUUCCAGGAGAGAGCAAACUUGAGGAGGAAGGCUCUGAAUAAAUUAAAGGUUACACUGGCAAUAAAUUAUCAUGAUAAAUUCCAGAGAGAGAGAUACAUAGCCCCCACAAAGUCAGCAGCUGCUUUACUCCGAUCAAACGUAGAUACUCGGACUUUUCAACCACUGCAUAUUGUUUCAAGCAGCCCUGAUUUGAGCAAAAGUAGAAGACUAAUGCUGCAGUCCAGUGGCCUCCAAAACUCAAAAGUGCCAUGCAAUAAUUACCAAAAGGCCGCACCACGCCGGUCAGUGACAUCAUUGUUUGAACAGAAAGGACUGGGCAGACCUGAUUCGACAAUGGGGUUGAGUGUGACUGAAUCCAGACUAUACAAUAACUACACUAGUGGAAUCUCCAUGGAUUCAGACAUUUCUUCAAUGAGCACAACUGCUCCUUUUGGUCUCUCCAUCUCCAGAUUGACAACGCAAAAGAACUUGAAUGCAAAGUUGCCAGUUAACAAAGUUUCACAAAUGUCAGAGUCCACACCAAAAGCAUUGACCAAGUGACCCAUCGAAGCACAGUAAAUUGAACAAAUAUCCUCUGAACUAAACAACUAAGCUGUGCUAUCUGGGAUAAAUCUGAGUAUUUAACAUAGAUCCUGCAUUUGGGAUUGUGCAUAUCAAAAUAUAUAAGAAAAUGAAUGUAAGGUGAAAUAUGUUUACAUUACCUGAUCUGUGCACCAAUACCACAUCGCCAGGAUGCUCAGUCCAAAGAUCAUGCCGGUCCAUGGGAGAUCUCCAGUCACUGGGUCUCUGAACAGAUGCAUGGCAUCUGCCCUGGGGAGGUGGCACGUUGUAUUGGGAAUAAUCUUUGUUGGAACUGCCUUUAGAUAUACACUUUCCAGGUUGUGGUACCCUCCAAUCUUAUUAAAAGCUACAAAAAUAAUAUAAAUAAUAUUUUUUUAAAAAAUACAUUAAAAGCUAUUGUGCCAGUCCAGCUGCUAUAAUUAUUGAUCUUGCUGAGUUUUAUCUAUGGAACCUGUACAUGUAUUUCAGGAUUUGGUGCAGUGGCCAAUUGAGCUCCUGUAGGAGAUGCUUAUUGUACUAAACCUAUUCUUUCAAAAUAAUAAUGUUAAUGAGCCAA